UGUUUUUGGAGUGUGUUGGCUGCUCUGUCCUACUGGUCAUUCUUCUACAAAGCUUCUCCUUACUCAUGGUGGUGGAUAGUUUAGACCUUCCACCAGUUGUACUUACAUUUGUUUGGAAAUUAAAAAAGGGGGGGGGGGACUUGGUCCCAUACAAAGAGAAAAAUGAAAGGGGUGAAAUAAAAGACCAAGCAGAGAAUCAGAAACUAUAAGGCUCAUUAAUUCAGAAAAAGAGAAAGUAAAAUUAAGGAGACCUAGAAAAGGUAUAAAAAGAAUAAAAAAGCCUUAUUAAACAGAUUAACUGACAAAGCAAAGAAAGAAAAAAUAUAUAUAUAAUAAUAAAUGACCAAAAAUCAAGUCAGAAACUGAGCCCAAUUCCAAAGGGGGGGAAAAAAAAAGAAGAUGGUAGAAAAAAAGAGAAAAGAGAAAAAAAUAGUAAUAAAAAUAUUAAACAGAGUAACAUACAUAACCACAGGACAGCUGUCUGUUGGUGCCUAGGACCAGUGGCUGUGUUGGUCUGGAGGAGGCGCCCUCUGGUUGAGUCCGUGUCAGACCCACCAUAGUAGGAGAAGUACAAAUGUCUACCACAAGAAGAAAACGUAAUAUGUUAUGUUGUUUACCGUAAGCUGUAGUAAAAUGAGCUCAAUUGUCGACAGAGAAGAUGGUAGUAUAUUUGAUGGGUUGGCGGAAGAAGAUGACAAGGACAAAGCCAAAAGAGUAUCUAGAAACAAAUCUGAAAAGAAACGUAGAGAUCAGUUUAAUGUUCUCAUUAAAGAACUGGGAUCCAUGCUUCCUGGUAAUGCUAGGAAAAUGGACAAGUCUACUGUUCUGCAGAAGAGCAUUGAUUUUUUACGAAAACAUAAAGAAAUCACUGCACAGUCAGAUGCCAGUGAAAUUCGACAGGACUGGAAACCUACAUUCCUUAGUAAUGAAGAAUUUACACAAUUAAUGUUAGAGGCUCUUGAUGGUUUUUUUUUAGCAAUCAUGACAGAUGGAAGUAUAAUAUAUGUAUCUGAGAGUAUAACUUCAUUACUUGAACAUUUACCAUCUGAUCUUGUGGAUCAAAGUAUAUUUAAUUUUAUCCCAGAGGGGGAACAUUCAGAGGUUUAUAAAAUACUCUCUACUCAUCUGCUGGAAAGUGAUUCAUUAACCCCUGAAUAUUUAAAAUCAAAAAAUCAGUUAGAAUUCUGUUGUCAUAUGCUUCGAGGAACAAUAGACCCAAAGGAACCGUCUACCUAUGAAUAUGUGAAGUUUAUAGGAAAUUUCAAAUCUUUAAACAGUGUAUCCACGUCAGCACACAAUGGUUUUGAAGGAACUAUACAACGCACACACAGGCCUCCUUAUGAUGAUAGAGUUUGUUUUGUAGCUACUGUCAGAUUAGCUACACCUCAGUUCAUCAAGGAAAUGUGCACUGUUGAAGAACCUAAUGAAGAGUUUACAUCUAGACAUAGUUUAGAAUGGAAGUUCCUAUUUCUAGAUCACAGGGCACCACCUAUAAUAGGAUAUUUGCCAUUUGAAGUUCUGGGAACAUCAGGCUAUGAUUACUAUCAUGUGGAUGACCUAGAAAAUUUGGCAAAAUGCCAUGAGCACUUAAUGCAGUACGGGAAAGGCAAAUCAUGUUAUUACAGAUUCCUCACCAAGGGACAACAGUGGAUUUGGCUUCAGACUCAUUAUUAUAUCACUUAUCAUCAGUGGAAUUCCAGGCCAGAAUUUAUUGUUUGUACUCACACCGUAGUAAGUUAUGCAGAAGUUAGGGCUGAAAGACGACGAGAACUUGGCAUUGAAGAGUCUCUUCCUGAGACAGCUGCUGACAAAAGCCAAGAUUCUGGGUCUGAUAAUCGUAUAAACACAGUCAGUCUCAAAGAAGCCUUGGAAAGGUUUGAUCACAGCCCAACGCCUUCUGCUUCCUCCCGGAGUUCAAGAAAAUCAUCUCACACAGCAGUCUCAGACCCUUCCUCAACACCAACAAAGAUCCCAACAGAUACUAGCACUCCUCCCAGACCGCAUUUACCAGCUCAUGAAAAGAUGGCACCAAGGAGGUCCUCAUUUAGUAGUCAGUCCAUAAAUUCCCAGUCUGUCGGUCAGUCGUUAACACAACCAGUGAUGUCUCAAGCUGCAAAUUUACCAAUUCCACAAGGCAUGUCCCAGUUUCAGUUUUCAGCUCAAUUAGGAGCCAUGCAGCAUCUAAAAGACCAGUUAGAGCAACGGACACGGAUGAUAGAGGCAAACAUUCAUCGGCAACAAGAAGAGCUAAGAAAAAUUCAAGAACAACUUCAAAUGGUCCAUGGUCAAGGGCUGCAGAUGUUCUUACAGCAGUCAACCCCUGGUUUGAAUUUUGGUUCCGUUCAACUUUCUUCUGGAAAUUCAUCUAAUAUCCAACAACUUGCACCUAUAAGCAUGCAGGGCCAGGUCGUUCAAACCAACCAAAUUCAAAGUGGAAUGAAUACUGGACACAUUGGCACAACUCAGCAUUUGAUACAGCAGCAGACUUUACAAAGUACAUCAAGUCAGCAGAGUCAACAAAAUGUACUGAGUGGGCACAGUCAGCAAACCUCGCUUCCUAGUCAGACACAGAGCACUCUGCCAACCCCGCUCUAUAACACCAUGGUGGUCUCGCAGCCGGCCGCCGGGAGUGUGGUCCAGCUUCCAUCUAGUGUGCCGCCGAACAGCACCCAGAGCGCCGCAGUGACGACGUUCGCUCAGGACAGACAGAUCAGAUUUUCUCAAGGUCAGCAGCUUGUGACCAAAUUAGUAACUGCUCCAGUAGCUUGUGGGGCAGUCAUGGUACCCAGCACAAUGCUCAUGGGGCAGGUGGUGACCGCCUACCCUACGUUUGCUACCCAGCAGCCGCCACAGGCACUGCCAGCCACACAGCAGCAGAGCUCCCAGGAGCAGCCACUCGCUUCCGGUCAGCCGCCUUCUCAGGCCCCACUGACCCAGCCGCCGCAGCAGUUUUUACAGACUUCAAGGUUGCUCCACGGGAAUCCUUCGACUCAGCUCAUCCUCUCUGCUGCAUUUCCACUACAACAGAGCACUUUCCCUCAGUCGCAUCACCAGCAGCACCAGUCUCAGCAACAGCAGCAACUGAGUCGUCACAGGACUGACAGUUUGACCGAUCCUUCCAAGGUUCAACCGCAGUAGCACACAUGCCUCCACUCUGACCUCAGAGGAGGAAGGGAUUGUCCGUAAGAGUUGCUCAGAUGAUCUGAGACUAGGAGAAGCUCCAGCAGUUUCACAAGAUGCAGUAUUGAGUGUUGUAGUUUCUGGAAUUAGUUAGCAGGGAAAAUGCCUAGUGCUACAGAUGUACAUUAAAUACCAGCCAGCAGGAGGUGAUCACGGGGCCAUAGCCAAUUCUGACAGUGUUUUACUUGCCCAGCUGUUUUUCAAUGGAAGGAGUAUAUUGCCAAAUGUUAAGAAGCUCAGCUACGAAACAUGACCUCCAGUCAAUCAGAAAGGCACUAACAAUGUUAGUAACUUUUAGUGGUUCUGUGCCUGUUUUCAAGUGUUCCAGAGGACACGCCAUUGUCACGUCAGGGGUUUGCGUACGACGAUGCCAUGAAGACAGUCCAGUAGACCCAGUAGAACCCUUCCCAUCCCCUCUCUUUUUUCAGAUAAUGAUUGGAUAGUAAUGAAUUUCAGAAUGUUGUGUGGUUCAAAUGCUCUAUGUACAGAUGCUGUAAAAAUAUUAUAUGUCUGGAUAAAAGGAGAGGAAGCAAAACAUUUUGUAAGCUGCAUGAAAGCGUUAUCUCCUCCUUAGGUAUGAGUAUAUUUCCUUCGAUCCUGACGCCAUGUGCAAACUAGUACAUCCUCUGUUUCCCCUCUUGUUUACAACACGGUAGUGUUCUCACUUUUCCGGGGCACAAGGCUUUUUGUUCAUACUUUGGCUGUGAUGUCACAGUUUGUUCAUUGAGGUAUGAUGUGCUGCUGGGAAUGGAUAUUUUUUUUCCAGGUUAAAUUAUUGAGACAACAGGAUUUUCAAGUUACUCAGAAAUAUCCUUUAUUUCAUUGUUUUUCAUUUAUGUUUGAAAAUAGGAUUUGCACUGCUUUAUUUUAGAUGGUUGGAAGUUUUGGUCACAUAUUUUGAUAUAGUUCAUAGUUGGAAAUAGUUGUGUAAAUGGUUUUCAAUAAGCCUGAAAGUAAUUUCAAGAAUGUUUCAGUUAUAGGAGUAAAAUUUGCACACAAAAGAUUUUAGGCACUUUUUAACAUUCUCACUGGUGGGAAUUUUAACUUUUAGGAUUUGUUGGAAUCUUUUUAUUAUCCUUCACGAUUUCAAUGCUUCUUUUAGUCAGAAAUGAUUCAGGGUUAUUUGAGGGGGAAAAAAACCCAUAGUGCCUUGAUUUUGAUUCAGGUGAUAACUCACCAUCUUGAAUUCAUUGUCUGGUUUCAGUAGUAGUUUUGAAACCUUAGUACAUUUUUAACAGCAUGUGGGUGUCCGUGCCAUUAUGAUUCUCCUAAGUUCCCAUGAAGACUGCUUUGAGUCUCUUGGACUGGAAGUACAAGUACCUUAGAAAUGAAAUGAAAGGUGACAUCCUAACACUAUCAGAGUCAUUGAUAUGAUCACAAAAUUGUUUUCCUAAAUCAGCAUCUUCCUUUAAAGCUGUUAAGAAUUACCUGUAAAUAUUUUCUAAAUAUGAUCCUGAUAUUCCUACAAAGAAAGAUGAAGGGGUAGGAAUUGGCUUCGCCUUUACUAUAACACUAGGUUAUCACUCACAUGCUUUCUAAAUGUGAACUAAGAUUUCAUUUGGCAAAAUUAGAUUCUAAAGGUAAUAAAUUCCAACAGAAAUUACAUACAUAAAAAAUCAUCUUAGGGAUUUUAUGGUACUAGUAAUUAAAUUCACAACUGUAGAGCAAAGGAAAAUAAAUGGAAAUAUUUUGUUAAAAUAUCAAAAGUUAUUACUGAAGAAAGGGAGGACAGCAAGCUGUAAUGACUCAAAAUUGACCUUAAAAGAAAAUGUGUAACAGAACUGAAAAAGGUGAAAUGAAAAUAUCAUACUGUACAAUUGCUCAGUAAAGGAGUGAGAGGAAUUCUAGAACAAUCCUUAAUGACUUUUGUGUCCUCCACUUUGCUAUCAUCCCAAAAGGAUAGACUUUGUCUUUCAAUAGACAACUCUACCUGGCCACACUAAUAUUAGAGAGUUCAUACUGAAAAAAAUAACCAAAGAAAGUUGGUACCUACCCUUCUACAAAAGAAGUGUCACUAGAUACCAAUCAAUAAGUAACAUAUCAAGAAGCUCCUCUUCUAGCUAAAUGAUCUGGAUGAAGAGAUUUCUGACUUCCUCAUGAAUGUCAAGAACAGCUGUCAGAAUGUGUGUGUAACUUGAACGUAGGUACACGUAGACGAAACUGAUGUUGUAGAAUGUGGCAACAGUAUUAAUUUUCUCCCCUUUCAGAUUGCCUUUCUCAACCUUACCAUGCCAUUCCAUAUGUAUCUGAGUUGUGCCUCAUUUAUUUAUUGGCAAUAUUUAGUGGUAUGGAUAACAAAAGAUAUGAAGAGCUAUUUUAUUUAUUAAGAUAUAUCUUCUAAAUACCAUACUCAAAGGGAAAGAUGGUGAACGGUGAGUACUGUGUACUUAGGUCUUCACAGGCCAAGCAUAAGACAGCCACAAGGUAAAUCUGUAGACGAUUCACAUUCUCCUCUACCAGUCCUUUCAAGUAUUUUCCGUCCUCAUAAAUAUUUGCGUAGGAAAAUUAGACGAAAUGCUGUUUUAUAAUUCCUAUUCCCUCACAGCUUAUUUUUGCCCUGCUUAGAAUGGAUUGCUGAAUUUAGAGGGACAGCUAGCUGCUUUCCCUUGGCUGUCAUAUGAAGUAUUGUCAAAGAGCUAGCAAGCGCCAGCUGCCCUGCCCCGCACCCGUAACUGAGACUUGAGCAUUCUGAUGAAGUUUGGGCAGUUGCCUGUUCUUCAUUCCUAUAGCCAAAGUUGUUCAUUAAAAUCCCAAAUCUGCGUAAUGAAAAAAUACCAAAUAGAGACACCUUUCAGCUACUUAAAAGUCAUCGUCUUCCCUCUGCUGUACUUGCACAGUGAUUCAUUUUUUCUUACAGUAAUUUUAUUCUGGGUGGCACUUUUUAAGUGAGAAGCUAUUGAAGAUCUGGGGAAACGAGAGCGGCUCUGCAGUCGCCCUGCUCUGGGCUGCGGUGGCCCUGGUGCCAGUGCCAUUAAACCCCUCAGGUGAGGCUGCGAGGGUGGUGUCUGACCAGACCCAGACGCUCAAAAGUACUCUGACUUUUUAGUGGAAUAUAUUGGAGAAAAAGUAAAUGAGGGAUGGGGAUGGCACAUAAGUAGAUAUACGCUCAGUCUCCAAACUCUGUCCUAGCUGAGGGGGUAGUUGGAGUCCCAUGCUCUGCUUUGUCACUUAAAUCUGGUUUAGGAAUGUACUGUUAAUAAAAGGAUGCCAGUGACUUUGAAUAGGUGGUUAUAGAACACUGGUGCAGAAGAGUGAAAAUGUUAUUUGCAUUCUUCAGAAGUGCUAAGCGUUUUUGGUCAUUGCCUUAAAGUGGUCUGCUUGAGUUCAAGGGCACUGAAGCAGUGCGGCUCUGUGCAGGGCAUCGCAUUGAAGGGAGAUGAACCUUUGUUCAAGAAGCCUUAGAAAGGGGCCCCUCGAAAUAGUACUCUUUCUCCGGCUCCACAGUGGUGAAAAUUGUUUUAAACUGGAUAUUAUUCUUCUUCUGUUUCCACUACAGUAAGGUGAACCUUUUUUUUUUUAAAGUGGAAUGCAGAUAGCAUUUUACUUUGGUAUUGUUCAUUUCUACUUUUUUUCUAUUUCUUUGGUGAUUGAAAGUUUAUUGAUGAACAUUUGUGUAAAACUCAUUCAAGUCUAUAACCUUUCCAAUAUCUGUGACCCUAUUCUUAGUCCCUUGGGAGUCAGUGUUGGAAGGUACAAACACUGGAUAUUACUAUUGCUGAGUGAGUCUAGCCAGGAGUGAGCAGAUUGGAAUUUUCAAAUGGUGGAAAAGAAACAGCACAAAGGCACUUGCCAUUUUAAUAGUGAUUGGAGAAAGAGACCCUUUUAAGUUUGUUUGGGUUGGGUGAGCAUUCCUCUAAAAGGAGCUUCUGAAAUAAAUGCAAAGGAAAAGAGUCGACUAUUUUUAUAGCAUAUUUAAUAUAUUUGUAUAUAAUUAGGAAUAUAGUAGGAACCCUCCACGUGCGUCCCACUUUUCUAAUUUACUCCCCGUUUUGCCAUAGCACUAGGAUAGCCUCAUCCGCAUGGUAACGUGCCUACCGUCAGCCUACCGACAGACAGUGCUGCUGCUUUGAGACAGGUGAGACCGCCCGACUCUCACGCCCGGGGAUCCUUUCUGUAGGAGUAGCACACUUUUAAAACAACGUAACACAGUCUGAAAGCAUCAUUUUGAAAUGUAACAAGCACUUUAUUGCAACUAUUCAUUUUGAUAAAGUUAUUAUCUUAGGCAUUACCAAUUCUAAAGGAUCCCCAAAUCAUCACUUAGGUGAAAUUUUAAAAUGAUACAUUUCUGAGAAAUGUUUAGAUCCAGUGAACCGUAGCAGGUUUCUGGGAAUGAUUUCAAGGUAGCCAAAUGAACUUUGACUUUGGUUCUGAAUGUGGCGGAGUCAGGAGAUUGUAGAUGGCUAGUUCCAUUUUGACACUAUUGUAAACCUGUCUUGCCUAUCGUGUGGACACCAAAAGAGACCAAUGAGCCUGUUUUAUUUUCAGAGGCCUAGGACAAUUGUGAAUAGGUGUAUAGAUAACCUAAAAGUGAUUGGUAGUAAUAUUUUAGACUACAAUAAUUUCAAGAAUUACUCUGGGUGUUUUAAAUGUGCUCUGAAAUGUUGGCAUGUCAUUUCAGCGUUUCCAUUUGAAUUGCUCUUGUAAUCUCUUUUGCACAAAAAGGACUGAGAAAAAGACUACUUCAGUUGAAGAAAGUAUAAUUUGGUCUUAUUUUAAAUGCCUCCUGUGGAAACAACAGGGGAUGAAUUUUGUCGGUAUAAUGAUUAAUUCAGGAUAUUUAAAACAGUAUUGAACAGCUCACAAGAAAUUAAGCAAAUGUGGACAUUAAAAAUUAAAACUUUGUUUCCAUGUGAUUGUUUUGCAUAUUUUCCCCUUGUCAUAAUUUAACACUACAUUCCUUGUUUUUCUUAAAUAAAAUACUUUGCAGGUUCUGCUUUGAGUAUUUAACAAUAUUUUGUAAGCUGCCUGGGUCUUCCUAAGGAAAUGUUCUUUAGUGAAGUAGGGUGUAGUUUAUGAAGAGACUGUGUAAGUGGAAUCCCAUCACCACCACCAGCAAACACUGAGGUGCUGCAUUACAUGACAAUCAAAGUAGUGAGUAUUUAUGGAAGAUUGUAGGAUGUGAUUUUAAAGAAGCAAUUGCUUUGAAAGCAGUUCUCUGGGUUUCUUGAAUGAAAAUGGCUAAAUGUAUUUAUUUAUAUUUUAAAAUAUCUUUGUGUUGUUUUCUCAUCAGCGCGAUUUCAGUGUCAUGUAUUUAAUUUGUGGUUUGUUUUGUUUUGCUUCGUCAUCUUCUACUUAAAGAACUGGCUCUCCUUCCCCGGGGCACAGGCCAUAGCCCUCCCGAGGGCUGUCCCUGGCCCGUCCAAAUCUGUGUUACUUCAGGACGGCAGUGGGGGGCCCAGAGCCGGGCGCCCUGGCACCUCCCUCUUGCCCUCUGCUCAAUUGAGACAAAAUAAAGGUAACUCCUUCCAAAUCUGCUUUGUAUAGCUCUAACCUUUUUUCUAGUUUCACUUGCUGCCUUUUCUAUGUUAUGGGUACUUUUUAUAGGACGACUUCCCCAGCGCAGCCAAAGGCCAGUCUGACAGAACCAGAGGCACACGUCGCCUCCGUUUUGCCCAUUUGGGGAAAUGUUAGCAAGACAGUCAGCAUCUUCUAAUGGCUGUCACUAUAUCUCCAUAUUAAAACCCAUUAAAGUCCUUAAAUAUAGGUGGGACAAUUAUGUGCACUGUUCUCUUGUACAAAAACCGUUUGCUGUCUUUGUAUAGUGUACUGUUGCUUGGUCCAACAAAAACAAAACCGAUCCUUCAUACAUAGUACUAUCCACUCAAGUAGUGCUGGGACAUUUGAAGCCUAGAAAUUUGAGGAUACUCCUUAGCCAGGAUGCAUCAGAACAGAAUCCUCCGCUUUAGGGCUCUCCGAGGAGCUCCGGAGGCCUUGGGGCCAGGUGUGGGGCGUACCAUCUAGCUCUGGGGCCCCGUACGAGAGUGGAGAUGAAAGCACGUCAGGCACGAGUUGGAGUUAAUGAUGUAAAAGUGUUUAAGUUAACUGAGGGUUAAGAUGAAAAUGUUUCAAAUGUAUGCUUUUAAAGUUCUGAGGAAACAAACUGUGACAUCGCUUUAAAAAUGACAAAUGUUCUGUGUGUGUUUUUGAGUGAUUCUGUACUGGUGCAAAUUCACUGCUGGCAAUGGUGUGCCAGUGCUGAAGAGUUCACAUGUAGGCACAGCUGUGUGAUCCUUAGAUCGAUGUAUUAUGUAACUAGACAAUCAUCAAGCAAAACAAGUUGGCCAGGAAAUGUCUUUUUUCCCCCCAUGUCAGCUAGAACAGCUGUAACUUUAGACCACUCUAGAAUUACUUUGGAAUCUAUUUUACUAUGGCGUAAGUUGGGGAAGGGCCUCAGUGUGGCGCUUGCACAUUCACUCUAUGUAGAGAUGGAAGCCCAAAGAGGAGUCACAUCCAGUGCUGUAUUGAAACCAGUUAGUGCAAAAAAAGUUUUAUCUUUGUGAAUUUUUAAUUGUUCACAUCAGUUGGUAACUGUAAGAACAUACACCAAAUUCUCUAAUGUUCUGUAUGGUUCUUGGUUGUGCUACACUUGACAUUGCUGUCCUUACUGCUUGGUUCUUGGUUUUAAAUAAAAAUUAGAUGUGGCCCAUUGU